AUGGUUCUCGCAGUCGAUCUUCUCAACCCUGCUCCUCAGGCUGAGGCACGAAAGCACAAGCUGAAGACUCUCGUCCCAGCUCCACGAUCCUUCUUCAUGGACGUCAAGUGCCCAGGCUGCUUCACAAUCACUACUGUUUUCUCGCACGCACAGACUGUCGUCAUCUGCGCCGGCUGCUCGACUGUCCUAUGCCAGCCUACUGGUGGCAAGGCCAGGCUCACAGAGGGCUGCUCCUUCCGAAGGAAGUAG